AUGGCGUCGGUCAAGGAGAAUGAACCGCCUACAGCGACGCCGCAAGAAGAGAAUGGGACGCCCAAAACUCUAAAAAGCAUUGCAUUUGCGAAGAAGACGCCUCCGCCCGAGAAAGCAGAGAGCGUUCGAUUACGUGCCUUUGUCAUUCUCUCUUUUUGGGCGGUGGUAAUUUUUCUAGGGUUGCCCACAUGGUGGAUUACAACGAGCAUAUACCGAGCAGACUUGCCCUUGCAAGAGAUGAUGGAAUGGGCGGAUGGAAAGGCUUGCAGACCUGUCUUUCCCCUCCAGAUACUGAUUGAAACGCCUUCUCUGGCGGAAGCAGAUGCGCAACACCUGCUACGAACGACACAGCAUGCUCUUGAUGAUCUCAAUGAAUUUUCUGCGCAUCAUCUACGCCUAUCCUUGACUCAAGAUUCUUUAUCAUCGCCGCCAGCCAGUGACUCGGACAACUUAACAGAGAAUGAUUCUCAAACGACCAACGAAGGUGAAGGGGAUGUUGCGCUGCUUAUUCGGCUGCUUCAAGGAGAAGCAGGAUCUUCGCCUCGUGCAGAAUUGCAGCCGGACUCCCCUACCCUUGAUGUUUACUAUACGAAUAAUCAGAUUCCUCCAACCUCCUCUUCUUCUUCUCCUUUGGCCAGUUUCAUUGCCGAUACUCUGCAGAAUAUAUUUGCGGAGGAACAAGCAACGAUUGCAUAUAUGCUUUCCGCAAACAGUGGGAUUUCAGCUGGUGCUCCAGCUUCUGCGGCCAAUUCUCCGCAUUCACAAUUCGGUUCUGCUACCAGUCGUGAGCAGCGACCUUCACUGAUACGUUCUCUCUCGCCGAAUCUUACCGCCAAUAUUGAGAGACGGUCAACGAGAUCUUUCAAAUCUUCUCCUACAUAUCACCUCACGCUCUCAUUAUUCUCUCCGAAUUCUGUCCCAUCGUCAUGGGACAUCGAGGCUGCUCUCGAGGAAUACUUGUCACCUCUGCUCGAGGCUCUAGAUCCCCUUAGCAAUUUCACUAUCGAUACACAGGUCCAGUUAUACGCGUCAUUUUCCCCGUCUGUACAAGAGCCAAGAUUUGAUGCGGAGUUGGGAGCUUGGACCUUACGCCGAGAAGACUUGAGCGGCUUCAUCAAUGCUGCUGAAUGGCCGCUCAGUCCAAGCAUAGGCACAGGCCCUACUGUGAAUUUUAUCCUCUACGUUCCAGCGGAGGAUAAGGCCCCCUUGGUGGUAGGAAAUAACGGGGCAAGCAGUUGGCUGAUUCCACAAUGGGGAGGAGUUUCAAUCUUGAAUCCACCGACCGCCAACACUUCUCGGCCUCGCAUCCCAGAGCACUUGACAAAGGAGGAUUUGCGCCCUGCCUUAGCCGUCUUCUCUCAUCAACUACUUUCUCUUUUAGGCAGCCCGCAGUCGCCGUCAUCGCUACCACUCCGCCUAUUGACAAUGACAAGAGUGCAAACCGCGUCGCUCAUCUUUUCGGCGUCCUCAACACUUGGCGCUUUAGCUCGUUUAACACAAGCUCUGCCGUCCAUUGCGAUUCCUGAGACUGUCGCAUCCUCGGUCGAGUCUACAAUUACCCACCUAAAUAAUGCCUGUGAUGACCUUCGUGAGGGAAGAUUUCGGGGCGCUUUACAGCAUGGGCGAAUUGCCGAGGCGGAAGCAGAGCGAGGCUUUUUCGAGAAAAGCAUGGUCGGUCAGGUUUAUUUUCCUGAUGAACACAAAGUCGCCGUGUAUUUACCUUUGCUCGGCCCAGUCGGUGUCCCAUUGAUAAUGGGUGCUCUAAAAGAACUUAAAAGAGUUUUGCGCCAAAGGCGGCAAAGGCAAACGAUUUGA